GCCGCCCGCGCCCGCCGCCCCCCGGGGCACCGCCCGCGCCCCUGCGCCCGCCGCGCGCCUCCCCCACCUCUUCCGUUCCUGUCGGGCGGGCUGCAGCCUCCCGCACGCGCCCCUGCCCGCCGCCUCGGACCCGCGUCCACCCCGCAGCCCCGCGCGCCGCUCCCGGGGCCAGCUGACGGCACAGAGGUGGGUGCUGGUUCCACCAGCAGAGCAAAGAUUCGAGAUGUCAGCUAUCCUCCGAGAGCUGCUUUGUGUCUCCGAGAAGGCUGCCAACAUUGCCCGGGCUUGCAGGCAGCAGGACGCCCUCUUUCAGCUGCUAAUAGAAGAAAAGAAAGAUGGGGACAAGAACAAGAAGUUUGCAGUUGACUUCAAGACUCUGGCUGAUGUACUGGUACAGGAAGUUAUAAAACAGAAUAUGGAGAACAAGUUUCCAGGCUUGGGAGAGAAAGUUUUUGGAGAAGAAUCCAACGAGUUUACUAAUGAUUUAGGGGAAAAGAUUAUCUUGAGAAUGUGUGCAACAGAGGAAGAAACAGUGGAGCUUCUUAGCAAAGUUCUUAAUGGCAACAAGUUGGCAUCGGAAGCAUUAGCCAAGGUUGUCCACCAGGAUGUCACCUUGACUGACCCAACUCUGGAUUCCAUUGAGAUCUACAUUCCACAGGACACACUGGGAAUCUGGGUUGACCCUAUAGAUUCAACUUACCAGUACAUAAAAGGUUCUGCAGACAUUAAAUCCAACCAAGGAAUCUUCCCCAGUGGACUUCAGUGUGUCACCAUUUUAAUUGGGGUAUAUGAUAUACAGACAGGCAUCCCCCUGAUGGGGGUCAUCAAUCAACCUUUCCUCUCACAAGACAUAGAGACCCACAGGUGGGAAGGACAACGCUAUUGGGGCCUUUCUUACAUGGGGACCAAUAUCCACUCACUUCCACACCACCCUGAAAGAAUCGUCAGUGAAACGCAAAGUCAAGCAACUGGAAAGAGAAGCUCUGAAGCCAAAGAGCCAGCAUCCUGCUUUUCAGCUGUCAUUAGUACCAGCGAGAAGGAGCCCAUCAGAGCCGCACUGUCUCGUAUAUGUGGGGAGAGCAUUUUCCGGGCAGCUGGGGCUGGCUACAAGAGCCUUUGUGUGGUCCAAGGUCUUGUUGACAUUUACAUCUUUUCUGAAGACACUACUUUCAAGUGGGACUCUUGCGCAGCCCACGCCAUCCUGCGGGCCAUGGGUGGAGGAAUGGUGGAUCUGAAAGAGUGCUUGCAGAAAAUUCCAGAGCCAGGCCUCGAUCCCCCACAGCUAGUGUAUCACCUGGAAAACGAGGGUGCUACUGGAGUGGAGAAGUGGGCCAACAAGGGAGGACUGAUCGCAUACAGAUCAAAGAAACAGCUGGAGACAUUCCUACACCUCCUCCUCAAAAACCUCACACCUGCAGAUUCACGCAUAUAGAUAAACCCUGGCUCCACUAGACACUGAACUGUGAAAUGAUUUCCCAUAUCUCUUUAUUGAUGGUAGCCUUGUUUCACUGAUGAUCAGUAUUCAUCUUUGGGGUUUUCGCAAGGAGGGAGCUGAGGGGGGCCCUCAGCAACAUUCAGAGGGCCUGGGGGACAGGCUUACCUCUACCUACUCCAGCUCAGUGGGCCGGUCUGCUCAGAACUUGGGCCUGGUGGCGGUUUAGGGUACGGGUGGGGGUGCCAGGAACUAAACUCAAAGCCUAGCACACGCAACGCAUGAGUCCCACCCUCGGUGCUCUUCCUCUUUUGAGGAGCAUUUUUCCAUUGUGGGUUCAUAAUGUUUAUUGCAAUAAAUGAAUGACAUUUUUACAGCA